AUGAAGGCUUUGCUGCUACUGUUAAUGGUUUCCGUGGUGUUCGCGGCCAAGCAAUACGAUGGAGAACAAGUUUUGCGUAUCCACCCUGAGCACGAGGGGCAUCUGGAGAAGCUUGUGCGACUGGAGAGGUCCGAGCAAUUGCUUGACUUCUGGCAGGGCCCGACCAGCCUGUCCCGUCCCGUGGAUGUGCGCGUGCCCAAGGAUCUCCUCAGGGAAGUGAAGACCAUGUUGGAGAACACUGGCAUGGAGUACAUGGUGCUGGUUGAUGACCUUCAACAGAGCAUCAGCAUGGCGAGAUCGCGCCACACUCGCUCCUUUGGCUUCAACUUCGACGACUACAACAACUAUUAUGAGAUCGAUUGCCAGCUGCAAGACUUUGAGGCGAGCUAUCCCAGUCUGGCGUCCAUCUUCAGCAUUGGAACCACGUACGAGGGCCGCGAUAUCAGAGCCAUCAAGGUGGGGGCCGCUGGUAGCAACAAGCCCGCCGUUUUCCUGGAGGGACAGCUCCACGCCCGGGACUGGAUCGUGUCUGCCACACUGAUGUACAACAUCAAGUUCUUACUGGAGGGCUAUGGCAGUGACAACCAGACCACGUCCCUUAUGGACCAGGUAGACUUCUACUUCAUCCCGGUGACCAACGUUGACGGAUACGUCUACACUCACGAUGUAGACCGGAUGUGGAAAAAAACUCGUUCUGAUCUUGUCGGGUCGCAGUGCAUCGGAGUCGACGCCAACCGUAACUGGGAACACUAUGGCACAGGUAUCAGCACUAAUCCCUGCUCUGAUGAAUACCUCGGAUCGAGAGCCUUCUCUGAGCCCGAGACAGUGGCGGUCCGCGACUUGGUCCUGACGAACAGCAACAACCUGAAGGCUUACCUGAGCGUGCACGCCUACGGCCAGUACUGGAUGAGUCCGUACGGCUGGACCACCACCCUACCGCCUGACUAUGAUGAGCAGAAAGACCUUGCUGAAAGGGCAGUAAACGCCAUCUACUCGGUCAACGGGAAGACAUUUAAUUAUGGGACAACCGCCGAAACCUUGGGCGAGGCGUCAGGAUCCAGCUGUGAUUGGGCUUACACCGUGGCCGGAAUCAAGUAUUCCUACGCCAUCAAGCUCCGUGGCGGAUAUUACGGCUUCGUCCUACCUGCCGACCAGAUCCAACCUUCCGCCAAAGAGUUCUUCGCAGGGCUUCUGGUCGUGGCCGAGCAGGUAGCGGCUGAGUACUGAGGUUCCACCGGGUCUAUCACAUCAAUUCUGACAUGAAUAAUAAUAAGUGUGGCAAUAAAAAUUAUUGCCAUGGGGACGGUUUUUACUCUGUGACCAAAGGGUAACCUCCGGCGACACAGUGAAUGUUUUUGACGAUAUACAAAUGUAACGCGCGUUCGCAUCUGUAUUUGGUAUGUUCCCUUUGCCACACGAGUUUGUAGUUUGGCAUGUCCUUUGCACAGACCUGCGCGAUGAUGAACUUUUUUUGUGGUACAUUUUUUAUUAUUAUUCAGAAAUCACCCCUAUAUUCCUGGUAUUGUGAAACAGGCCAUGUAGUUUGGUAAUUAGCUUAUUUCCAAGCAGAUAUGGGGUUAUGUGUUCUCUAAAUGUAGAACAUGUGGCGGGGCAUAGGAAUCCUUUUGUGCACGUCGUGUUGUCAGCUGUUCACAGCUAUCACUGCUGCGGCUGUUUGGGGCAACUUUUUACAAUGGUGUGCGUCUCGGGUAUGCAUUGUGAAGAUGUGUGGUUGUUUUCAUUUGUUGUCGUUCUUUUGAGACGCUGAUUUUGCUGUUGAUGCGUACAAGAUUGUGUUUUAAAUUUGGCAGAAAUAGGUACUUAAGCUUUUAUCUACAUUUUUUAUAUAAGUCAAUGUGAUGUGUUCUGUAUGUGAUGUAAACACCAUGUCACACCCCAGAAGAAACAACACAACUGACAUAAACCAUAAUUACGUCACAGAGUAUGUUACCUACAGUCACUUGUUUUGUUCAUGAAUGUUUGUUGGUGUUGGUGUGUUUUACUAUUCGUGUUCUAUCUAUGAAGAUUGUUUUGCACGAUGAAUUUUUGUACGACAUUGCUGUCAAAACUAGCCGUCUCUUAUGAGUGACUAGUGACCCAUUGUACGUUUCUUAUUGAUUAUCAAAAUAAGGUCCUCAUUUGUAUAAAUUAUAUCAGUUGAUCAUCUUUAGCUUAAUAACAAUAUGCUCAAUGAACGAAAGUCUUAGCAAAGAAACCUACUGUAGCAUUUUCUCACAGUGUAUAAAUGUGGCAUUUUCGCACAAAUUAAGUAAAUGAGACCCUAAUUUGCAUGAUUUAUGUGAUUUUCCGAUAAUGUUCAAGAAUCUCUGAAGUUAUCUAAAUAUAAAAAAUUAUCCGUAAACCCCUUUCGGAGUGAUUCCAUCCAAACCUAUGAUGCAACUGCGCACGCGCGGAGAAAUUACUGCAGAAUUCCAGAAAUUUAUGUCAAUUGGACAUAUACUUAGUCUAGUACUAUGUACACAGUUGGGCUAAUACUUCUUCAGAUACAAUUGUCAUAUGUUUGAGUGUUCUGCUUUGAAAUGCAGUGGAUUUAUAAGCUGUCCUCAUUAGUUAUGCACAUUAGCCUGAUUUGUAUGAUUAGUACUUAAUCAUGUAAGGCAUCUCCAAAGUUAUCUACGUUCCAAAUAUCAUGCCAAAGGGAUGAUGCUACUAGGCACACGCGGAAUAGUUCCAGAAAUAUCUGUCGAAUUUUGGGAAUUCUUGCCAAACUCAUGCACUCUAUACUGUUAGGCUAGCCCCUGAGGCGUCGCCAAAAAUGAAAGAUACUGAUAUGUGCUUCAUUGAAUAUGAUCAACUUUAUGACAUGUAAGCCUUCCCCAUAAAGGCCAUGUUGAUUUGAUUACAUGGAUGACAUCCGCGCGCAUCA